CAUGUCUUUUUUAUUGUUGUUUUAUAAUUGUUGAAAUACUAACAAGUCUAAACCAUUUUAUUAAAGAAAAUAUAUAAAAUGGGUAAAAGGCGAAAAAACGCUUUAGUGGAUUUGGAUUCAAGUGAAAGUGAAUCAACAUCAAAUAUAGAAUCAGAACUUUUGACAAUGGUUAAAAAGAGAAAAAGAAAAAUAAGUAAUACCCAAAUCUUAUCGGCAUUGUCAGGGUCGGAGACCGAAACGGAUACAGAUUUAGAAAAAGUUGAUGAAUCUGAAAAAGAGAGAAAUAAAAAUGCUGAUAAUAAAGAAGAUAGUGUGUUAUUUCAGACAAAUGAUCAUGAAGAUGGAGAAGUAUCAGACUCCGAGGAAGAUUGUGCAAAAAAUGACAAUUCAGAAUUAUCUGAUAAUAAUUCGAAUGAAUGUUCAUCAUCUGAGAGUAGUUCCGAUUCUGAAUUUGAUGAUGGUUACGACGAAAACUUAAUGGGCGAUGAAGCGGAUCGCAAAAGACUUUCAUGUCUUUCAGAAAAAGAACGAGAGACAGAAAUCUUUAAAAGAAUUGAACAAAGAGAUAUUAUGCGAACUCGUUGGGAAAUAGAAAAAAAACUUAAGUUAGCAAGAAAAUGUGAAAAGGCCAAAAUAAAGCCAAAAGAUGAAAAUAAAAGAAAAGUUAAAUCCAAGAAAAAAGAGGACAAAACUUCUAUUUCCGGAGAGAAAGAAAAAUCUCCAGAAAAGGAAAUUGAGAUUCCUAAACCUCAAAAUUCUUUGGAAUCCUUAGAAUUUAUUACCCCUGUUACUGGCACAACAUUACUCAAUGAAUCAUUGACAAGACCUGUCUCAAGUGAUGAUCACAUCAGUGCUUCAGCUGAAUAUUUUGAUCAUAAAGAAAGAUCAAAGGAAAGAAAAAAAAAUGUGGAAAUGAAUAGAACUGAUGAUAAACGCAGUAAUGCAAUGGCACUUUUGAAAGCUAAGCGUGAAGGAAAAGCAAAAAGAGAGGAAGAAGAAGCUAAACGCCAAGCCCAAAAAGAACGAGAGGAUGAAAAAGAUGAGUUAGAAAGCGUUACAGGUGGAAAAUCAUCUGUAAAACUUAAAGCAUCAGAAAUUUAUUCCGAUGAUUCAGGAAGUAGUGACUGGGAAGAUGAUGAGAAACCAUCCGUAAAACGAACCCCAUCUAACAGUAGUAAAUAUUCUAGUGAAUCAGAGGACGAAGAAUUAGAGGAACAUCAGACUAGAUUUAUUAACACUAGGGAUGAAUUAAACAAGCUACGCUUAUCGCGAUUUAAAAUGGAAAAGUUUAUAAAUUUACCAAUUUUUGAACGAACUGUGCUCAACUGCUUUGUUCGUAUUAGUAUUGGAAACAAUGGACAAAAACCUGUAUACCGUGUUGCUGAAGUUGUUGGCGUUGUUGAAACUGCAAAAAUAUAUAACUUAGGUAAAACCCGUACCAAUAAGGGUUUACGUUUGAAACAUGGAAAUCAGGAGCGUGUAUUUCGCCUUGAAUUCAUUUCUAAUCAAGAAUUCACAGAGAGUGAAUUUUCUAAAUGGCGUGAAAUUUGCUCACAGCAAAAUGUUCAAAUGCCAUCAUCAAGUCUAAUUGAAAAAAAAUUAGCAGAUAUUAAAGAAGCUUUAAAUUAUGAAUUCAAAGAUGAAGAUGUGGAUAAGAUAAUAGAAGAAAAAAAUAGAUUUCGAAACAGACCUACAAACUAUGCGAUGAAAAAAACGUGUUUAAUGAAAGAGAGAGAUGCUGCUAUGUUACGCGGAGAAUAUGAAGUUUCACAAGAUUUAAGUCAACAAAUAGAACAACUUGAGUGUCGAGCAUCGGAGUUAGAUAAAAGAAGAUCAAGCAGCAUAAGUUUAAUUUCUUAUAUAAAUGAUCGAAACAGGAAGCGUAACGUUGAGGAUGCUGAAAAGGCUAUUUUAGAAGAAGCACGAGCAAAUAAAGGAUUACGAAUAUCGGACCCUUUUACACGAAGAAUUACUCAACCACGUAUGGGAUUUAAACAGUCAAAUGAUAAGAAAGAUUUGGAUGAAGUAAUUGAUACGACAUCAUCUGGAUCACAAGAUAAACAAAAAUUUCAACAAAUCGAAAAAAUAAACAAAAAUAGUGACAACAAAAAUUACAAUCUAUACUCACUGCAUGACUUUGACAUCGAUUUGGACGUAACAGUACCAGUAAACACGGUCAACAAUCUUCCAAAGCCAGUGCCAAAAAUAGCGGAAACUGCAACUAAAAGGUCAUUAAACUUGGAAGACUACAAAAAGAAGAGGGGUCUUAUAUAAGAAAUGCUGCGUUAAUUGUACAUGUAUAACCUUACAAAAUUUAAUAAAAUGAAAAUUGAAUGUAUUUUUAAGAA